AAACAAUUUAGCCCAUUUUCUCGAUUUUUUAAAUCUUUUUUCUCAUGUCAUAGUGCUGCAAUCUUUCGGAGGUUUCAAUCAAUUUUAUCAAACAACAUUUUCAGAGUUCCAAGUUAUGUGCGAGCUCAUUUUUUUUAAUGUUUGUGUAUAUUUGCACCUUUUUUCGCAUCAUCAUCAUCAUCCAGAAAUCAUCUGUUCAACUUGUCCCAUUGAUCGUGGUUUUUUAGAUUUGUUUUAAUUAACAUUUGAAAUGAUUCAAAGUUGAUUAUCGAUCAUUGUUGGGACCAACGGUCGCUGAAUCAAUGGGACUACAUAAAUCCAUAAAUGAAAACAAAACAUUAACAUCGGAAGCAGCAUUUGUAUUAUAAGGUGAUAUUUAAUUUAUAAAUUAGAUUUGACUAUCAAAACGAUUUUGAAUGAACAAAAUGAAUUGUCAGAAGUUGUUUCAGGAUUUCAAUUCCAGUAAAUUCGUCGUAUACACAUCAUUGUUGAUAUUUUCUAUAUUAUUUGCACUUCGUUUGGAUCAAACAAUUAUGAUCUCCUGGUGGUUAGUAUUUACGCCAUUAUGGAUAUGGAAAUUUUUGGUCAUCACAGGCGCUUUGGUCGGUGUUACCGUUUGGAUUUGUAAUCCUGAAUAUCGUCUAUCAGAAUCAUCAUAUACGCAUUUCAAAUCAAUGUUGAUUAGUCUUUCAUUACAAUUAUUGCUGUUGAUGUUCGAGCUAUUAGUUUGUGAUAAAUUGGAAUCUGAUCGACAUUUUUGGUCGCUAGCAUUCAUACCAUUGAUAUUCAUCUCAUUACUAUCGGUUGCAGUUUCGGUUUGGGCAUUGAAAAAUGAACGUGAUUUUGAAUUGGAACUUUUCUGCUCGGUGAAUGUCCUUCAAUUUAUUUUCAUUGCACUUCGCCUAGAUCGUUUCAUAACAUGGUCAUGGGUGGUUGUAUUUGUGCCUUUAUGGAUUCUACUUUGUUUAGCUAUCAUUGGUGUUUUGUAUGCAUUAAUAUUUGCUGUCAUAUUAUUCCAUACUCCUGAAGUAUCGGUGGAACAGCGUAAAGCAAGUUUUUAUACUGCAAUCGCAUACAUCUUGGUCGUCCUUCCACUUUUGGUUUUUUUCGUUUUACUUUCAAGCAAAUUGGAUUCCAAAGAAUUUCGAGCCAAUGGUGGAUUGUUUGGAAAUGGUGGACAUUUUUAUAAUACCGGUUUGUUAGGUGAACCACCUUCGACCACAUAUGGAACUUUCAAUAUGAUUCAUAUCUACUCACACAUGCCACCGAAUUCGGGUCCCAACACUGGUGUAAAUAACAAUAUUGAUGGAUUAUCAAAUGUCGUUACAAUGGCUACCAAUGCUGGCCAACAACCAUUCAUAGGUCAAACACAUCAUCAUAAUCAUCAUCAACAAUUGAAGAUGCUUUCAACUCAAUCACCAUUCUUUGUUUCGGCUUAUUCAUUCGAUAUGGAUUACUUUUCUAUUGGUGUUCCAUUGUAUUUUACUUUUUCUAUUCUGAUUUGUAUGUCAUUCAGUUCAAAAGGCGGUAAUCUAUGGUGGUUUGGAAUGCGAAAAGAUUUUUGCUCAUUUCUUCUAAUCUUAUGUCCAUGUUUACGAGAAUAUGCAAAUAUUUCUUAUAAUUUCAAUGGAAUUUUAUCAUCACCGAAUUCAUUGGAACAAAGAAAUGGUAUUGAACAACAAAAUGAACGAACCAAUCUAACACAAUCAGGACUGAUAAUAGUUAAUAAUCUGGAUUAUGAUACCACAGAUACCGGUGGUGGUAGCAGUGCUGAUAGUAAAACUAAACAUGGAAAGAAAAUUUCAAAAAAAUCGGCAAUCACUCAACAGCCAGCCAUUAUUAUACCGAAUCUGUUGCGUUUAGAUAUACCAGAUUGAUCUCAGAUUUUUUUUUUUCAAACUCUUCAUGUUUAGCAAACUGAAACCUCAUAUAUAUUAUUUAAGCUGUUAAUUAUUUAAUCAAAUUCUAUCAUAAUUUCCAUCAACAUCAUAGGAGAUUUAAAAAUUUAGAGCUUGUACAAAAAA